UCCCCUCCCGCGUCUAGUCGUCCUCUUCCCGUUGUCCCCGCCCGGAUGUCUCGCUGACGCCGCCGCCCAGGAGCGGCCAAGUCAAACCACCCACCACCACUAGCCGACGACAGCACCCCAAACCCACCACCUCCUCCUCCUCUCCAUCGGCGGCACCGCUCGCGCUCGCCCACCCCGCCGCGCGCCUGGCUAGCCCCUCGACACGGUGGUGUUGAAGAUCAGAUCAAAUCCCCCCUAGUCCAUUAGGCUCGCUCCGUUGCUCGUCUUCCUCCUCGCGCCAGCGCCGCCAUCGCUGCCGAGCGCCCCAGCCCCCUGGCUCGUCUUCCUCCACCGCAGGUUCAUGAGGGGCUCAAGAAUGAAUCCAGGUGACCAUAGGACACGGAGCGUGAUGUCAGUACUAAUUGUGAUGAGUUUGUGCGGCUUCUUCUAUAUACUAGGCGCUUGGCAGAAAAGUGGGACAGGAAGGGGUGAUAGUAUAGCACUGAGAGUGACAAAGGAAACCGACUGUACAAUCUUGCCAAAUUUGCACUUCGAGACCCAUCAUAGCAGGGGUGGUGUUAAUCCGUUGGUCAUGAACAGUAAAGUAAUUGCGCCAUGCCAUAUUCGAUACAGUGACUAUACUCCUUGCCAAGAUCAGAGCCGAGCAAUGACCUUUCCUAGAGAAAACAUGACCUAUCGAGAGAGGCAUUGUCCUGUGGAUAAUGAGAAACUGCACUGUCUAAUCCCAGCACCAAAAGGCUAUGUCACCCCUUUCCCUUGGCCCAAGAGCCGUGAGUAUGUUCCGUAUGCAAAUGCUCCAUAUAAGAGUCUGACAGUCGAGAAAGCUGUUCAGAACUGGAUCCAAUACCAGGGGGAUGUGUUCAAAUUUCCAGGAGGAGGGACAAUGUUUCCAAAUGGAGCAAGCUCUUACAUUGAUGAACUUGCAUCAGUCAUUCCACUUGCUGAUGGCACCAUUAGAACUGCGCUUGAUACUGGAUGUGGGGUUGCAAGCUGGGGUGCUUACCUAAUGGAUAGAAAUAUAUUGGCCAUGUCAUUUGCACCUCGAGACUCACACGAAGCUCAGGUUCAAUUUGCUUUAGAGCGAGGUGUUCCUGCUGUAAUUGGAGUGCUUGGAACUAUAAAGCUCCCAUACCCAUCUAGAUCUUUUGACAUGGCCCAUUGCUCACGCUGCUUAAUCCCCUGGGUCUCAAACAGUGGGAUGUACAUGAUGGAGGUGGAUCGGGUUCUUAGGCCUGGAGGUUAUUGGAUAUUAUCUGGCCCUCCCAUUAACUGGAAGACACAUUACCAAACAUGGAAAAGAUCCCGACAAGAUUCAGAGAAAGAGCAAAAUAUGAUUGAGAACACUGCUGAAAUGCUUUGCUGGGAUAAAAUCUAUGAGAAGGGAGAUACUGCUAUUUGGCAGAAAAAGGCAGAUUCAAAUGGAUGCCAUAACAAGCAUGGUCGUACUAGCAAGAUGUGCAAAGUUCAAGGUGCAGAUGACAUCUGGUAUAAGAAAAUGGAAGCUUGUAUAACACCUUUGCCGGAGGGAGGACAGCUAAAGAAGUUUCCAGAGAGACUAUUUGCCGUCCCUCCCAGAAUUCUAGAAGGUACCUCAGGUGUUACAGAAGAAGUCUAUGAGGAGGAUAAGAAGUCAUGGAAGAAGCAUGUUGAUACAUACAAGAGGAUGAACAAGUUGAUAGGGACUUCAAGGUAUAGGAAUAUCAUGGACAUGAAUGCAGGCCUUGGAAGUUUUGCUGCAGUGCUGGAUUCUCCUGGGUCGUGGGUCAUGAACGUUGUGCCUACGAUAUCAGAGAGGAACACCCUCGGUAUCAUCUACGAGCGAGGCCUUAUUGGCAUAUACCAUGAUUGGUGUGAAGCCUUCUCGACGUACCCUAGGACAUAUGACUUAAUACAUGCGAGUGGGGUCUUCACUUUGUAUGAAAACAAGUGUGACCUGGAAGACAUUCUUCUUGAGAUGGAUAGGAUCUUACGUCCAGAGGGCACGGUCAUACUGCGGGACAAUGUUCAUGUGCUGAACAAGGUUAGGAGCACAGUUGCGGGGAUGCGGUGGAAGACCAAGCUACUUGAUCACGAAGAUGGCCCCUAUGUGCCCGAAAAGAUUCUUAUUGCUGUUAAGGAGUACUGGGUUGGCCGCGAAGAAGAGAAUGGAUCAUAGAUUUCGUUCAUAGAUACGAACCUCACCAGAUCGCAGUUGGGAGAGAUGAUACAGUCAACAAACAAUGGUGAUGAUGCCCCGGGAGCUGGUUGUUCAUAUGGUUUACCAGGGGGUUAAAUGGAAAUAUUAAUUCACGAACUUGUUAGUACAUAUUGGCGGCAAUACACAGUUACUGCGGUACUUCCCCUUUAUAGUCCACUGUUAAAUACAAACUGAUACUACGAUACUCUUGGUUUUGAGUUGUAUGUGCAUUGAUUUGUACUGUCAAACUUUGUUAACUUUGACGGUUUGUAGAAAAACAUCAACAACAUCAGGACUAUCAUCAAAUAUUUUUCCAUAAAGGAUUUUUUUUUGUUA